UUAAUAGAAAAUAUGUUAGAAAUUUAGCUUCUAACUUUUAUUAUCCACAAAAUGGUUAUAUUACAGAAAACACUCAUUGUAUUUUGUUCUGUUUCUAUUUUUUCAUACUGAAAUGAUUAACCUCUCUCUUUGUAACAUAGAACCUCAUGGAAUUUCUUACGUGGAACAACUUUUGAUAUGUGCACAUCCUUCAAUUAUAACAUUAGUUGCAUAUUAAUUAAUCUGAUACUGAAUUUGACUUGUGUAUUAUCCCUGACUAAAAGAAAAUUAAUACCCAAAUCUGUCUUUCAGGCAGUAACAGCGAAGAAUUUUGAAACAAAGGAUUUUCGAGCCUCUCUAGAGAAUGGUGUUCUGUUGUGUGAUUUGAUUAAUAAGCUUAAACCUGGUAUCAUUAAGAAGAUCAAUAGACUGUCCACACCAAUAGCAGGUUUGGAUAAUAUAAAUGUUUUUUUGAAAGCUUGUGAGCAGAUUGGAUUGAAAGAAGCCCAGCUUUUCCAUCCCGGGGAUCUACAGGAUUUAUCAAAUCGAGUCACUGUCAAGCAAGAAGAGACUGAUAGGAGAGUGAAAAAUGUUUUGAUAACAUUGUACUGGCUGGGAAGAAAAGCACAAAGUAACCCCUACUAUAAUGGCCCAUAUCUUAAUUUGAAGGCAUUUGAGAAUCUUUUGGGACAAGCUCUGACUAAGGCUCUUGAAGACUCCAGCUGCCUGAAAAGAAGCGGCAGGGACAGUGGUUACGGUGAUAUCUGGUGCGCUGACCGGGGAGAGCUUCCCGUCGCUCCAGGCAGCCACAGGAGAGAAGAUUCAUUUGAAAGCUUGGACUCACUGGGGUCUCGGUCAUUCACAAGCUGCUCCUCUGACAUCACGCUGAGGGGUGGACGUGAGGGUUGCGAAAGUGACACAGAUUCUGAAUUUACAUUCAAAAUGCAGGAUUAUAACAAAGAUGAUAUGUCCUAUCGAAGGAUUUCGGCCAUUGAACCAAAGUCUGCUUUACCAUUCAAUCGUUUCUUACCCAACAAAAGCAGACAGCCAUCCUACGUGCCGGCGCCCUUGAGGAAGAAGAGGCCGGACAGAAACGAGGACAACAGAAGAAGCUGGGCAAGCCCCGUGUACACAGAGGCAGACGGGCCGUUUCCAAGUAACGAGAGGAGGACUUGGGGCGCAAGCGUGGAGAACUGGACAACUUCAACCUCCUUUUGUUACCUGGAGGAAGACGAAGAGAAGACAAGCGUCCCCAACAUUGUCAAGGAUGAUCUUUAUGUGCGAAAGCUAAGCCCCAUCAUGCCAAACCCAGGGAACACUUUUGACCAGUUUCUUCCCAAAUGUUGGAUCCCAGAAGAUGUGAACUGGAAAAGAAUAAAAAGGGAAACUUACAAACCAUGGUAUAAGGAGUUUCAGGGAUUCAGUCCGUUUUUAUUACUUCAGGCCCUCCAAACAUAUUCUGAGGACAUCUUAUCUUCUGAAACAAAUAUCAAAAUCGAUCCCACUGCUGGCCCAAGGCUCAUAACUCGCAGGAAGAACCUAUCUUAUGCACCAGGGUAUAGAAGAGGGGACCUUGAGAUGUCAGCCCUCGAUCCUGACUUAGAGAAUGAUGAUUUCUUUGUCAGAAAGACUGGGGCUUUCCAUGCCAAUCCGUGUGUCCUCCAGGCUUUUGAAGACUUCAGAAGGUUUUCUGAGCGAGAUGACCCUAUAGAGCGAGAUAUUGUUCUGCAAUGCAGAGAAGGUGAACUUGUACUUCCAGACCUAGAGAAAGAUGAUAUGAUUGUUCGCCGAAUUCCAGCGCAGAAGAAAGAGGUGCCUCUGUCGGGGGCCCCAGAUAGAUACCAACCAGUCCCUUUCCCAGAACCCUGGAUGCUCCCUCCAGAAAUUCAAGCCAAGUUUCUCUGUGUACUUGAAAGGACAUGCCCAUCCAAAGAAAAAAGUAAUAGCUGUAGAGUGUUAGUUCCUUCAUAUCGGCAGAAGAAAGAUGACAUGUUGACUCGUAAGAUCCAGUCCUGGAGCCUGGGAACCCCUGUGCCUCCCAUCAGUUUCACCCCUGGCCCCUGCAGUGAGGCAGACCUACAGAAGUGGGAGGCCAUCCGGGAGGCCAGCAGGCUUAGGCACAGGAAACGGCUGAUGGUUGAGAGACUCUUUCAAAAGAUUUAUGGUGAGAAUGGGAGCAAGUCCUUGAGUGAUGUCAGCGCAGAGGAUGUUCAGAACUUGCGUCAGCUGCGUUACGAGGAGAUGCAGAAAAUGAAAUCACAAUUAAAAGAGCAGGAUCAGAAAUGGCAGGAUGACCUUGCAAAAUGGAAAGAUCGUCGAAAAAGCUACACUUCAGAUUUGCAGAAGAAAAAAGAAGAGAGGGAAGAAAUUGAAAAGCAGGCGCUUGAGAAAUCUGAGAGAAGCUCUAAGACAUUUAAGGAAAUGCUGCAGGACAGGGAAUCCCGAAAUCAGACAUCUACAGUUACAUCGAGCGAGAGAAUAUGUUCUUCUUCUGAUGUGCUGGAUGAAGACAAGCUUCCCCUGACACUAACUAUGUCAGAAGCAAGUCACCAGAGUGAGAGAGGAGAAGCGAAGGGAACAACCUAUCCUACAGAAAUUCCUAAACAGGAUUCUACAACCUUCGUGAAAAGAGAGGACACUCUAACAGCUGAAAUUCAGCUUCCUUCUGCAAGUCCCACAGAAGAGCAACGCCCAGCCUCUUUGUCUUCUCAGCGUUCACUGACUACACAAAUGGAGUCGACUCGGGUUUCAGCUUCUCUCCCCAGAAGUUACCAGAAAACUGAUACAGCUAGGUUGACAUCUGUGGUCACACCGAGACCUUUUGGCUCUCAGUCAAGGGGAAUCUCAUCGCUCUCGAGAUCCUACACGAUGGAUGACGUUUGGAAGUAUAAUGGAGACGUAGAAGGUGUUAAGAGAACUCAGUACAGUUCUGUCAGCACCUCUGUGCAAAAACCUGACCCACGCCAGCUUGCUUCCAGCUCCUUCAAUGAAAGAGGGGCCGGGACGUCGACACUGGGAGAGAAUGUGAUGAGGUUGCCUUCUCCUACACGCCCCUUCUCGUCUCUCUCCCAGGACCAGGCUGCCACUUCCAAUGCCACAUUGUCUUCAACCUCUGGCCUCAGUUUAAUGUCUGAGCUUGGAGAGGGGAGAAGCUCACCGCAGAUAGAGGGCUCAAGAUCAAAGGAUCAGUUCAGUGAUAUGAGAAUCAGCAUAAACCAGACGCCUGGGAACAGUCUUGACUUUGGGUUUACAGUAAAAUGGGAUAUUUCCGGGAUCUUCAUAGCAUCAGUCGAAGCAGGUAGCCCAGCAGAAUUUUCUCAGCUACAAGUAGAUGAUGAAAUUAUUGCCAUCAACAACACCAAGUUUUCAUAUAAGGACACAAAGGAGUGGGAAGAAGCCAUGGCUAAUGCUCAAGAAACUGGAAACCUAGUAAUGGAUAUCAGGCGGUAUGGAAAGUCUGGUUCACCUGAAACAAAGUGGAUUGAUGCAACUUCUGGAAUUUACAACUCAGACAGAUCUUCAAAUCUAUCAAUAGUGACUGAUUUCUCAGAAAGCCUUCAGAAUUCUAAUACUGAGUCCAAGGAAAUCAAUGGGAUUCGUGAUGAAAGCAAUACUUUUGAAUUAAAAGCAUCUGAACCUAUUUCUUUGAAAAACUUAAAAAGGCGAUCACAAUUUUUUGAACAAGGUAAACCACCAAGCUAUAACAAUUCAUGCAUUUUCAUGGAAUUGUUCCUACCCUCCACUCUUUCCCGAUGGUCUGUGGUGCUGGGCACUGAGCCUCCUCAGCUUGGCUGGUCAUCAGGCUUUUCUUACAGCUCAUGGGUCUACCUCUGUGGUAAUGGGUCUUGCGUGUCCUUUGAGAAAUACCAACGUGAGCAGGAGAAACUAAGGGAAGAGUGGCAGAGGGCUAAGCAGGAGGCUGAGAGAGAGAAUUACAAGCUUUUGAAUGAGGAGCUAAUGGUCCUAAACUCAAACAGCAUUGUGUUGACCACCCGGGAGCCCGCUGUUGCCACCUUGGAAGCCGCCUGGGGCGAAGGGUCCAAGUCUUCCGACAGGGAAGGAACCCGAGCAGGAGAAGAGGAGAGGAGACAGUGGCAAGAGGAAGAUGUGAAUGAAGACCAAAGAAAGAAGCUGCAGGAACAACUCACUCUUGAGAAAGAGAGAGAAUUGAAGGAGCAACAAUAUCAGGAAGAGCAGGAGGAAAUACGGCGCCAGGCAGAGGAGCAGGAGCGCCAGGCAGAGGAACAGAAGCGCCAGGCCGAGGAGCAGAAGCGCCAGGCCGAGGAGCAGAAGCGCCAGGCCGAGGAGCAGAAGCGCCAGGCCGAGGAGCAGAAGCGCCAGGCCGAGAGAGAGAGGGAAACGUCAGUGAGAAUAUACCAGUAUCGAAGGCCUGUUGAUUCCUAUGAUAUACCAAAGGGAGAGGAAGAAUCUUCAGGUUUGCUUCCUAGUGACAGGAAUAAAUCCAGAUCCACUACUGAACUGGAUGAUUACAACACAAAUAAAAACGAAAGCCAUAAAUAUGUAGACCGAGUUGGGAGCAAUAGCUCAUCGCAGAGGGGCUCCAAGAAGGACCAAGUUCCAUCAGGAGCAGAGCUGGAGAGGCAACAGAUCCUUCAAGAAAUGAGGAAGAAGACGUCCCUUCACACUGACAACAGCUGGAUCCGACAGCGCAGUGCCAGUGUCAACAAAGAGCCCAUUUGUCUGCCUGGGAUUAUGAGAAGAGGUGAAUCUCUAGAUAACCUGGAAUCCCCAAGAUCCAACUCUUGGAGACAGUCCCCUUGGCUCAAUCAGUCUACAGGGGUCUAUGCUUCUUCCUCUGUCCAAGACUUUAGUCGCCCGCCACCUCAGCUGGUGUCCACAUCAAACCGUGCCUACAUGCGAAAUCCAGCCUCCAGCAUCCCCCCUCCUUCAGCUGGUCCUGUGAAGACCACCCCCGCACCAUCCCCCACUCCACGUGGCCAUUUCCCUUCAACUUCACCAUUAGGCUCCCAGCCACGAAACAGUGUGUUGCCUGUGAGUGUGACCUCGGAGGUUCUUCCUCAGGAGCCGAAGUCAGAAUCAGAAACAACCAACUCUACUGCAACAACUGCUAUCUCAGAUUCAAAUCUGGACGGCCAACCGCCAUGUGAUGUAAGCCUCCAUACGAAAGCACUGUUGCAGAUAGAAGAAGAGUUGGUUGCUGCUGAUGUAGAUCUAUAAAUAUAUGUUGUAUGUCUAUUUUUUGCUCUCUUUUUUUAAAAAAGAAUAACCCUUUUUUUUUUUUUUUUGCCUCUGUAGAUUACAUCAGAGCCGUAUAGUCUUGGUAGAACCUGUAUUUUUGUCAUUGUUUAUUUAUAAGGAGGUAAUUGUGUGGGGGGAAAAGUGCAGUAUUUACUUUCUGAGUUCAGCUUCUUAAAAGCACAAGGGAGAAAAGAACUUCAAAAUAUUUUUGAGGCUGAUAGUGAUCAGUGGUGUUUUGAAGAGGGUUAUUUUAUUGUUUUUUUAAAGGUUCUGAAACAUUAUUUGAAAUAGUUAAUAUAAAUGUAUAAUUGCAUUUGCUCUGUUUAUUGUAAUGUACGCUAAAUUAAUACAGAACCAUAUGGAAAAUUUCAUGAAAAUGCACCCCCCAAAUUUGCUUUCUGUAUCCUUCUUUUAAACUAUAUAUUAUGAUUUGAAAAAAUUAGCUUAUAUAAAAUUUUAUUUGCUUGAUGAGGGGAGCUCUGUUUUCUUCAGAAUUAUCACUAACCAGUUCCCAAUAGAAAGCUGCUGCUUUUCAUUAAUGAAAAAUCAUUAGAGUUUGUACACCAGAAAUUUUCUCCAGAGGCUAGUGAGCCUUUCUGUCCAACUGCAUUUGUAAAUAAAAUUACUGAUGCAUUUAAGGA